UGUACUUCCGCGAAUUGUGGCAGUGGAAAUGUUUGCGCGGAAGGGCUCCACUGUUGCACUUCCACGCAGCUCUGCAUCAACAUGAGUGUCACCGGGAAGACGUGCGUUGUCUGUACUCGGCCUGGUUGUUGUUUACCGAACACCCGCUUUUCUCCAAUGUGUCCCUCUCCUGCUCCUCGGCGCCAUUGACUUCCAGCCCGGCCGCCAUGUCCGCGGAGGAGGACGGGGUGCGGGAGGAGUGGUCGCUGCUCUUCUGGACCGCCGCGGCCGUGGUCGUCCCGGUCCUCAUCACGCUGUGGUGCAGCGUCCAACGCUCCAAGCGGAAAACGCACAUGAAGCAGUUCUUCCGUCAGAGCAGACAUGGCUGGCACUACACGGACUUGUUCAGUAAGCCCACCUACUGCUGCGUGUGUUCCCAGCACAUCAUGCACGGGGCCUUCUGCGAUAGCUGCGGCGUGUGCGCUGACGAGCAGUGCCUGCGCCGGGCGGACCGGGAGCUGUCGUGCAAGGAGAUUAUGGCCCCUUCCCGUGCGGACGGGGCAGUGGCCCACCGGUGGGUCAGGGGCAACGUGCCCCUGGCCAGCUACUGUAUAGUGUGCAAGCAGCAGUGUGGAACGCAGCCGAAGCUUUGUGAUCUCAGAUGUGUGUGGUGUCAGACAACAGUGCAUGAUGAGUGCAUGGACAGCCUGGUAGAUGCAACCCAGUGUGACCUGGGCGAGUUCCACAACCUCAUCAUUCCUCCUCACUAUCUGUACCAAGUCAACAAGCUCCGCCGUAGACACCCUGACGAGUAUACAAAGCUCGCGAUGGACUGUGGGUGUGGCUGGACUCCUGUGUUGGUCUUGGCGAACACCCGGAGUGGAAAUAACAUGGGGGAGGCUUUGCUGGGAGAGUUUCGCACCAUCCUCAACCCUGUGCAGGUUUUUGACCUGUCACAGCUUGCACCUUCCAAGGCCCUUCAACUGUGCACCCUUUUGCCCCCUGGUUGUGUCAGGGUGCUGGUGUGUGGAGGUGAUGGCACAGUGGGAUGGGUGCUUGAUGCCGUUGACGGUAUGAAGCUCAAGGGUCAAGACCAGUUCAUCCCAAGGGUGACCAUCCUCCCUCUCGGAACAGGAAAUGACCUUUCCCACACUCUGGGCUGGGGUGCGGGCUAUGCUGGGGAGAUCCCUGUAGAACAGGUUCUUCGCAACAUCCUAGAUGCGGGCGUGGUCAAAAUGGACAGAUGGAAAGUGCAGGUGUCUUCCAAAGGCCUCUCUAUUCGAAAACCAAAGGUUCUGUCCAUGAACAACUACUUCUCUGUGGGUCCUGACGCUCUGAUGGCGCUCAACUUCCACACACAUCGUGAGAAAACACCCUCUUUCUUCACCAGUCGAAUCAUCAACAAGGCUGUGUAUUUCUUAUACGGCACCAGGGACUGUUUAGUGCAGGAAUGUAAAGAUCUGGAUAAAAGGAUUGAGCUAGAGCUCGAUGGUGAGAGGGUUACGUUGCCGAGCCUGGAGGGCAUCAUUGUUUGUAACAUUGGCUACUGGGGGGGCGGCUGCAGACUCUGGGAGGGAAUGGGGGACGAACCCUGUGCCCCCACACGGUUGGACGACGGUCUGCUGGAGGUGAUGGGUGUGUUUGGUUCCUUCCACUGUGCUCAGAUCCAGGUCAAGCUGGCUAACCCAGUACGACUGGGACAGGCCCACACAGUCAGGCUGGUCCUUAAAAGCUCCACGAUGCCGAUGCAAGUGGACGGCGAGCCGUGGGCGCAGGGCCCGUGCACCGUCACCAUCACCCAUAAGACCCAGGCUCUCAUGCUCUACCACAGCUCGGAGCAAACGGACGACGACGACGACGACGACGACAAUGAAUCCAGCGCCUCCGAGACCGAGAGCCCCACCCCUCAGGACUCACCCAGGCCCCCGGGGGCGGCGUCCGCACGAGCUUGACUCAACACAUUUUUCAGCACAUUAUACAGUACAAUACUCUGUAAUCAUAUCUGUGUAUCAUAUGUUCUUUCCAUUUUCAAUUGCCAAUUGAAAAACAACAAAUGACUAAUUAUUGGAAAAAAAACCAAGUUUUUAAUGUAACACAAAAAGUACUUUUUUUUAAUAGUUACAUUUUCGGCUCACAUCAAAAAUAAAAAAAUGAAUGAAAAACAGGCCACAAUAUUACAAUUAUUUGGGUUUAUGAUGCCCGGAGGUUUGGUAAUGAGCAUCAGUAAAGAUACAUUAGCUUGUUCGCUGCCACAAUAACCACGAUCCAUCAGCCAUAUUAUAACAUGGACAAUUAUGUAUUGUUUAGAGCAGGGCUGUCCGGGCCGCAUACAGAAUAAUUGAAGGAUGCAAGGGCCACUUUAAAAUUCUUUGACUUGAAUGUAAGAAACACUCUAAAAUCACUCAAGAAAUGUUACCUUGUUUAUGUAGUAGUUCUUUUGAAAAACUGGAUGGAUGGAUGCUACAUCAAGGCUUUUUGUUAAAGGUGAUAAGGCAAAUAGUUUAGGAUGUCUCAGGAUUUAGGGGUCGUCCCACGGCCCUGCAUUCCACUAGAGUAGAUCCACCCCUCCGCUGAGCAGCGGCUGAAUCUCAUCUGAAUCUGAAGUACGCUGUUCACAAAUUGAACGCUGACACUGAGCAGAAAGUGGGAACCAGUUUUUCUUCUAAAACUGAAUUAUCUUUGUUCUCCGUGUUACUAAAAUUCUGUUACUAUUUAAUUCUAAAUUUGUCUUUGCAUAUCGAGAAAAGCUUUCAUUAGCCGUAGUCGUGAUAGUCCCCAUCACUCACAUCCCCCAACAACCAAACUUCUAGCAAUGCAAAUCCCCCACCCUUUUUUAAAAAUAUAUUUUUUUUUUAAAAAUUGCAUUUAAUGCAGUUUGUCAAUUCAUACUCUUCUCAACAUGGGUCCACAUGGGUCACCAAAUGUAGACUUGGGGCAAAUCACUUGCAACGCAAUUGUUUUCAUUCUUCUUUUAAUCCUUGUGUAAUGAUAUAUGCGAAGAGCUCUGUGUCUGUCUAAAACUUGCUGCUUUUUAAUUCUGUAUAUAUAUAUAUAUAUAUAUAUAUUUUUUUUAAAUCUAUAAUUGAAUUUAAAACAGUGGAUUGUUUUGUAAGUCACUUUUUGUUUUUUGAUUUUGGGUUACUGUUUGAAAAUGGAAAGAACAAAUAACAGAUUUCAAAAAGCUGCAUGUUUGAUAUUUUAAUUUUGUGUAUUAUGGUAUUUCAUCCCUUCUGACAGCAAAGUCAGUUAGAGGUAAAUGUGAAAGAGAUUGCUGUCAUGAUUGCACUUUCUAAUAUUGCUGACGAAACUGUUGAUUUAUGUUCUGUUUUUACAGACACGUAGAGUUGUAGAGCUCGUAAAGCGUUGGGCCUUAUCCCCUCCAAGCUGCAGGAGACUAAAGUUCUGCCAUGUGGAUGUCAUGCUGCACAUGGCUGCACUGUUUUCAUACUCCACAAAGAGAACAAUCAUUUUCAGGACAGUACUAAAAUCACAAAUCAAGCAAAUUAGACUAAUUGAAUGCAGAUAAUUAUGUAAUUCAUCGGUUUUUCUACUGCAUUUUUACAAAGAAAAUACAUUAUUUAUAUUACAGAUAAGGUUAUUGUUUUUUUUAUUUUGUAGUGCUGCAAAACAAUCACUGGAUGCUGUAUCAAACAGGUCAUAGAUUGAUUUUUGUUUAACUCUGCCAUUAGCUUGACCGGAAACUACCUUGCAGAUGUUAUAAAACGUUGUGCAAAAUGCUUUGCAUUUAUGAACCAUUUGUCCUUGUUCUCACUUUGGUUUUGACUAUUCACAAUUUUGAUGUCCCGGGUGGCUUGUGUUGCACAUUAAUCACUGCUGAUAAGAUUGUCAGAUGACACUGGGCUUUCAGUUAAUACAUUGCUAUAGCGCCUUUCAUUAAGGGCACAUGGUUAAGUUUUAUGGAUAGUCUCUUUCCUAAGUCCUGCAUGAAUGUAUGCAGGCAAGCAUUGAUUGAUAUGGGUACAUUUUAUGUUGUGGUGUUACUUUUUCCUUUCGCUACAGCCAUAUUCGAAACGGUAGGCCUAAUAGUCAAUCGAUGGCUGUUUCUUGAAUGUGCACAUCCUUGAUUGCUAAUUUUAUUUUACCCAUUUCUUAUCACUUUAUGCCACCUAGUUUGACUUUUGUAGCCAUCCUUGUUUACCAGUGUUUUAUUUUGUUUGUGUGUGUGUGUUGUAUCGCACUAAAUUGACUUCUUUCGUGUAGGAGGCAGGAUUUUAGCCAUGUUAGCAUCAGGGCUUUUUUUUUUUUCCCAUGAAUGCCUCGCAACAAUAAAGAAGCCAAUGGAAAUGUGGACGUCAAGGUUGUAACACAAUGGCAAAUGAAAGGAAACAUGACUCAAUGAUAAGUCUUUCAGUGAUCAAACAAAAUGCAUGCAUCACUGACUCAACAUGGUUCCCAGCAUGGCGAAACCUUUUUGCGGCGAUCUAAAAUGUAGUAGGAAUGUGGUUGUACUGAUUAUUCAGAAUCUCCUUAGUUAUUACGUUGUAUGCUAUACAAUUUUAAAGCAGUAUUUGUAUAACGUCUAGGCAAAAUGAGUGGUACUCAACGUGUAUCAAAUUUGCUUCUAGCUGACCAAGCACUGGAUUUUUUUAAUUCAAAAUGUAUGCUCACAUUUCCACUGUUAUGCUUUAUAUUGAUAUAUAAUGUAUUUAUGUGUUCAUUUGCUUUGUCGAAUAUCUGAACCUCCGAACUUAUAACGCGUAUGAUUGUUUUAUUUUGACUGUCAUAUUACUGCUUAAAAGAAGCCAUUUUUGCCUCUGCCAAAUAGAAAUGGGCACAUAAGUACAGUGUUGGUUGUUAAUGGGAGCCUUUAGUAAGACCGUUAAGGUUCUGCGAAUUUGUUACUUUGGAUAUUAAGUUUGACUUAGUUGAAUGUAAGAGGGUAAUGUUUAUGGAUUUGAUUAUUUUCCCAUAAAUACUUUCAUAAUAAACUGAUUGUCCACA